CAGUCAGAAAGGAGGGUUAAAUCUUAGCGCUGACGGCAAACCGGUUUGUGUUGCCAGGGAGACGUGUGCGGCGGCUGUUGCUAGCCGCUAAGCUAGCAACUACUGGCGAAGGGUGGAGGAGCCUUUUUUGUAGUCGUAUGUUUUGGUCAAAGAAGGCUGUUGUAACAUGGCAGAGCUGCAUAUUAUAGGACAAAUCCUCGGGGCCAGAGGCUUUCCGCAAAAUAGUCUAUUUUGCAAAUGGGGAGUUCAUACUGGAGGAGCAUGGCGGCUUCUCUCUGGGCUGAAGGAGGGCCAGACCCAAGUGGACAUCCCCCAAACGGGUAAUAUGGCCUACUGGAGUCACCCAAUCGAUCUACAGUUCGCAACUAAAGGACUGCAAGGUUGGCCGAAGCUACACCUCCAAGUGUGGCACCAGGACUCGUUCGGGCGCUGCCAGCUGUACGGAUACGGAUACUGCCACGUCCCGUGCAGCCCCGGAACCCACCGGAUAGAGUGUGUGACGUGGAGGCCGCUCGGUUCCUGGCAGGAACAGAUCACCCAAAUGUUUGUCGGCGGAGGUCCACAACUCCGCAGUCCGGACCUCAUCUACAGCGGAGCGGACAGAUACCGACUGCAGACCGAGGCCAUGGGAACUGUGGAGCUGGAGCUCGGUGUAAUUAUGAGACACUUUGACAAAUAUGGUGUCGACAGCUGAUGCGUGACAUGACGGAGCAACUCCGAAAAACCCAUGACAUUUCAACUGGCACGUGCUUUAUAUUUACACAUGACGCUUCUCCACGUUUUUGUACGUUUCAAAUUGCAAUUAUCACUCAAAAUGCCAAUAUGUGUAAAUAAAAUACUGUCAUCGAA